AUGCAUUCUGCAGCCAAGGGAUUUUAUUUGGCUGUGUUUGCCUUCCUGAGCCUCACGAAUGCCGCCUCUCAUACGGAAUCAAGUCUGCAACAUGGCCAUGAUGCCUGCGCUAUUGACCCCAAAGCCACGGUUUCAGAUGCUUGCGUUUCCUAUACCACCAUUGACUCGCUGAACGAUAAAGUUUACCCUCUCCUUCAAUCCAUAACCCAAGACACCGACUUCUUCUCAUAUUAUCGCCUAAACCUCUUCAACAAAGUCUGUCCUUUCUGGUCAGAUGAGAAUAGCAUGUGUGGCAACAUCGCAUGCGCCGUUACUACCAUCGAGGCGGAAGAGGAUAUCCCGCUACCCUGGCGCGCGGAAGAGCUAAGUAAGCUCGAGGGUCCCAAAGCUGGUCAUCCUAGCCCUGGGCUUCGGGGGCAGCGUCCCGGCGACCGACCCCUCCAGGGUAUGCUGGGAGAAGACGUCGGAGAAAGCUGCGUGGUCGAGUAUGAUGAUGAGUGCGACCAGCGAGACUAUUGCGUUCCAGAGGACGAAGGGGCGAGCGGCAAAGGUGACUAUGUCAGCUUGCUAGAUAACCCGGAGCGAUUCACGGGGUAUGCAGGAAUGGGAGCCCACCAGGUUUGGAACGCUAUCUACCGUGAGAAUUGUUUCCUGAAGUCAACACCGCAACAGUUAGAAUUGUCUCCGAACCCUCAAUUUGGAGGGCUUCAGGCGGCCAAUGACUUGCGCAACGUCCUCCAAAAGGAGCUCAAGCGCACUGAGGGAUUGCCGCUGGACAAUGAGUGCCUCGAGAAGCGUGUCUUCCACCGGGUUAUCAGCGGCAUGCAUGCGUCUAUCUCCACACAUCUCUGCUGGGACUAUUUCAACCAGACUACUGGUCAAUGGAACCCGAACCUACAUUGUUUCAAGGAAAGACUGCAUGACCACCCAGAGCGCAUCUCGAACUUGUACUUCAACUAUGCAUUGGUGUCCCGUGCCGUCGCGAAACUGCGAAAGCAUCUCGAGAACUACACUUACUGCACCAGCGACCCUGUGCAAGACGCAGACACCAAAGAGAAGGUAUCCCUCUUGACCUCUGCCCUUGCCAACCGGCCGCAGAUCUUCGACGAGAACUUGAUGUUCCAGGAUCCAAGCGCCAUCGGACUGAAGGAAGACUUCCGCAACCGAUUCAGGAAUGUGAGCCGCUUGAUGGACUGUGUUGGAUGCGAUAAGUGCCGGCUAUGGGGAAAGCUACAGGUUAACGGAUAUGGCACUGCUCUGAAGGUCUUGUUUGAGUACGACGAAACUAAGAAUGGAGAAAACCCUCCUUUACGGAGGACAGAGCUUGUGGCUUUGGUCAAUACUCUGGGUCGCAUCUCUCACAGCGUCGCAGCUAUUAGAAGUUUCCACCGCGCUAUGGAUGUGCGUGAUGGCGAGACUCUUACAAUUCCUGCUGACGUGUCGUCGGUCAAGAACCCCGAGGGCAAGAGAACUCGACGUCUUGUCAAAGACGGUGGUUCGACUUUCUACUACGAGGACGAUGAGGACGAUUUUCAGUAUCUUACUGAAAAGCUACCCUGGGAGCGGAGGCCCCGAAACGAAGAUGACGGCUUUCUGGACGACCUCAGUUCCGAGUUUGAAGUCUUCUGGAAUACGUUCGUCUACGUCUUGAGGAGCUGGGCUCGUAUUCCCCAAACUAUAUUUGAAAUCACUGUGCUAGAGUUAAACCGAGUCUGGAAUUAUUGGCUAGGUCUUCCUGUGCCGCCGCGAUCGUGGAAGAUUCAACGACCGGUGCAGCCGGGCAUGCAGAGGAACGCAUUGUCUGCAUCGACUACCGCCCCUUCUGUUAUGACUCCCACAACAACCACCUCGGCCGCGCCGGCCGCGACAUCUACAACCGCCUCAUCAUCUACCGCCCCCGACCUUCCCUCUCGUCCUAAUUCAUUAAAUACAGUGGUAAAUCGUACUGCAUCCAAUUAUUCGCCGUACGGUGCCUCCCGCUUCGGAGCAAGCCCGUAUGGAGGAGGGUAUGGCGGCUAUGGCUCAUACUCCUCGCCAUAUUCCCGCUUUGGCACUAUGGGGUCAAUGUACGGAGGUUAUGGUGGCAUGUACGGUGGAAUGGGAGGCAUGGGGGGGAUGGGGGGGAUGUACGGUGGCAUGCCUGCAGAUCCCAACGAUCCCAACAGCUUGACCAAUUCUUUCAGUCAAAGCACACAAGCUACAUUUCAGAUGAUUGAAAGCAUUGUGGGCGCGUUUGGUGGAUUCGCGCAGAUGCUUGAAAGCACUUAUAUGGCGACUCAUAGCUCCUUCUUUGCUAUGGUCUCUGUCGCAGAGCAGUUUGGAAAUCUGCGUAACACCUUGGGCUCGGCCCUCGGAAUUUUCACUAUCAUUCGGUGGUUUAAGACAUUGAUCGCUAAGAUCACCGGUCGUCCUCCGCCAGCGGACGCUACUUCUCUGACACCCACCGCAUUUGCGGCAUUUUUGCACGGUCGGAGUUCUCCGGCUACCCUUCCGGACGGUUCCCCCGCACCACCAAAACCAUCGAAGAAGCCAUUUAUCAUGUUCCUAGUUGCCGUAUUCGGCCUUCCCUACCUGAUGAGUAAGCUCAUCAAGGCACUUGCCCGUUCACAAGAAGAACGUCAAAAGCUCAUGCUAGGGCCAAACGGCGAACCCCUGCAGCAGGCACCAUUAGAUCCAUCGAAACUCGACUUCUGUCGGGUAUUGUACGACUACACCCCUGAGACUCAGGAGAGCAAUGGCAUUGACUUGGCCGUGAAGAAGGGCGACAUCGUCGCUGUUCUCAGCAAGUCAGAUCCCAUGGGUAAUGCGUCUGAAUGGUGGCGCUGCCGCGCUCGAGACGGCCGUGUUGGGUACCUGCCCGGGCCAUAUCUGGAGACAAUUCAGCGGAAACCACAGCAGCAAGCGAUCACAUCGGGCAGCGAAGCCGGCAGCCGUGCCAACAGCAUGCAGGCUAGUGUCUCGAAAGACAUAACGGCUGACGAGAAGAAGCCUGAGCUCAAAGGAAAGAUGGGUGACAUCUCUCCGGAAAGUUUCCAGAAGAGUGCUUUUUACUCGUAA